UUUGAUAGGCUCGUUCCGUUCCUAUCUUUUCACCCAUAUUUGGGUGUUAAUUGUCUAAUUUUUAUAAUUAAUCGGGUGACUAUUGGGGGUUUUGAGUGAAAAUUUGUUAUUUUUCGGUCCCGGUGGCAUUCAUAUUCAGUGUAGUAUUUUUGUACACAAUUUGACAUUUUUGGAGUAAUUUGAUUGUAAAGUUAAAUGUUAUUAGCAGUUGUGGUGAGUUGUGAUUUUACAGGCCGAGUUUGUGGUGAAUAAUAUAUUGUUUGGGCCGAAUCAUUUGUGGGUUACUUUAUUAAGUGAAGUCCAAAAAGCAAAGAAAAAAAAACCACUUUAGCAGCCCAAAAGAAAAAGAGAAACGGAUCAGCUGGGGUUUUUUCCCAGGGAAUUCAGCCGCACCAAGGCGAGAUUCUUUUUUCUAUUCGUAGCAGCAGUUCAUAAGCAGCCGGAGGAGGAUGCGAUUCUUUCUGUUCCAAAAGCAGCCGUAGCAUACAACCAAGCAGUAGCCGCAGGUGGAGUCUUUCUUUCUGUCCUUUGUUAACUAGCUGGCCCAAGGAUUUUUCAUUCCUUUCUUUGACAAUCAACCGUAGCAGCAAACAAGAGACCAAGGAAUGUAUAAACUUCACUUUUUCUCAUUUUAUUUCAAUUCAAUUCAGAUUCUAAACAAGAAUUGUAAGUGUUAGCCGUUUUUACUUGACUAGUUCUUGAUUUGGAUUGAAUUUGGAGUUCGGUUGUCUCCAACUGGUAGUUUCAGACUUUUCCAUUGAUUACUUAUAAUUCAAUUAUUUCUCUAGCUCUUAUCAUGCUUAAUCAUAAUACUGUCAUGUUGAUUUUAAUUAUGAGUAGCUAAUUCCAUAUAGGGUUUGAAUUGUGGCUAGGGUUUAUGGGUUCAUGAGGGUGUGAAUUUAGUUUUUUUUUUUAAAUCAAUUAAUUUUCUGGAUAAUUGUAUAAGAUUAAUCAUAAUUGUCUAUAUGAAUUUGAUCACCUCAUAUAUGAAUUUCUGGAUUUAAUUCAAUUCUUGUCUAUGAGAAAUUGAGUUAAAUUAGCUCAGGUCUUAUACAAGCAAUUUGAUCUUAGAAAUAAGUUAGGAUUGUGAUAAUAUGAUUUUGCUCUUGUCUAUGAGAAGUGAUUUCAUUUUCUGUCCAGGAAUAAUUGAAUAUUAAUUUACUUAAUUCUAAUCCCGAAAGAACACCCAGAACCCGAACCAUCCAAUUUGAACCCUGUUUUUAAUAUCCUGAAUCAAUUUAAUUUAUUUUUUUCUAUUUAUUUUUUCACUCGCUAUUAGUCAGUUUAUUAGUCAGUUUUAUUUUCAAACCACUCAAACAAAAAUUAUUUGGAAAGAUUACCAUGACUUGUGCUAGCCUGUGAUCACGGACUGUAUUUAAAACUUCCUUUUUGCCACUCCUUGAGAGACGAUACUCGUGGUCUGGUUAUUCUUCGGAUUAGCCAACUACAUUUUACUCACUAAAAAAAUACACCGAUCAAAUGGCGCCGUUGCCGGGGAGUGGCACGGUUGUUUGUUAAGUACUUUCUGUGGAAUAGGUAAAAGCAAGUCGGUGAGACUUUCUAUUUUUUUCUGUUUUGUUUGUCGUUUUUGGUGUUCUUUGCACGUGACUAAGCUGCAGGAACCGGUGUAUGCACACACGUGCUCGGGGAACUGAAGGCUUGAUCCCAUUGAAUCCAAACCCCGAGAGUAUUUUGAGAAGAAGAAAAGGAAGGUCAAGAAACAUGGCCGGAGAACAACAGCCCGCAAGGAGGACAAUGUAUGAACAAAUUACUCCGCAAUUUGCAGUGGUUGAUGGAAUAACCAUGCCGGGGAUUGAAGCUGCAAAUUACCAACUAUCUCCCGGAUUAAUCAAUCUAGCUCAGAGUAACCAGUUCGGAGGGAUGAGACAUGAAGACGCCCAGACACAUAUGCGUUGGUUCAACCGUCUCUGUCGGACUUCCCGAAUCAAUGGAGUUUCUGAAGCAGCUAACAAACUACUUUUGUUCCCAUUCACUCUAAGGGACAAGGCGCAACACUGGCUUGAUAGCCACACUUUUGCCACUUGGGAUGAAUUAUACCAAGCUUUCAUGAAACAGUACUGCCCAGCAUCCGCAGGAAUCAAAGCCAAGGCAGCCCUCCAUAACUUUAGGCAAGGGAGGAACGAGACAUUGAGUGAGGCUUGGGAGCGGUACAAGGAGCUCCGAAGUAACUGUCCAUCCAACAUCAUGGAGAGCAUGGACACCAUAUUUCACUUCUACAAUGGGUUGUCCAUUGAGAGCAAAAAGGAGUUGGAUUACUCUUCUAAGACAGGUUCAAUCCUAAGGCUGACAUCAGAAGAAGGGGAAGAAUUGAUAGAGACUAUUACCUCAAAUGAGAGGUAUUGGUAUGAUGAGCGAAGUGAAAGAGCUCCACAGAAGGCGGGAUUUUAUGAGGUUGAUUCUAGUACAGCUGCUGCCGCAAAACUGGAUGCUCUUGUCCUAAAGUUUGAGAAACUCUAUGAAGCUCAGGCACAGACUUCUCAGCAGCAGCAGGUCCAUAAUAUCGGGGCGUAUCAGCCCUCUUAUCCUAUGUAUUCUGCCCCACCUCCCGUUCGAGCAAGCUAUCCAAGCCCAAGCGGCCAAGAACUCGCUUUAUCUUGCGAGAUGUGCAUGGGAGCUCACCUUACUCACACAUGUCCUCUUUAUGCCCAGAAUCAGGCACCACCAGUGGUCCAAAACGUCAAUUUCAUGGAAUAUGGUCAAGGCCAGAGAGGAGGUGGACAGUUUCUUAACAAUCAAGCUCAGAGAGGAAACUUUCAGCAAGCAGGAGGCUCGUGGAGGCCAGAAAAUCAGAAUCAAGGGCAGCGGAACGCUCCUAAUUUCCAAGGAAAUUUCCAGAACAGAGGCAAUUCAAAUCAGCCCGCUUAUGUCCCGCCUCACCAAAGACAGCUUGAACCACCUCCCGUCAAUGUAGCGUUAGAGAAAACAGUGGCUGAAUUAGCUAAAAAUCAAGCGGAGAUGCACCAACGUUUCAGCAAUUUGGAAGCUCUUAUCCGCCAGCUUGGUUCAAUUGCUCCUAGACAACCGGGCAGCCUUCCGAGUUCAACAGAACCCAACCCAAGAGAGCAAGUGCAGGCCAUUACGCUACGAAGUGGGAGAACACUUCCAGAAGUUAAUACUCCGCUUCUGCCACAUCGAAGAGAUGACCAGCAACCCGAAGGCCCAGACUCCCAGGAGGUUGAAGAAGAACCAGUAGCUGCCCCUAUUCCAGCCAAGAGUAAUGAAGCUCAAAAAGAAGAUUCUCAGAAGAAAGCGGAGAGUAAGAAGACUCCACCCCUCCCGUUCCCUACACGGGUGAAGAAAAGCAACGAUAACGCGAACCUGAUCAGAUUUAUGGAGCAUCUGAAGCAGCUGCAUAUUAAUAUGCCAUUCAUGGAGGCUUUGACAGAGAUGCCGAGGUAUGCAAAAUUUAUGAAGGACCUCCUCACGAAAAAGAGGAGGUGGGAAGAGCCAGAAGUGGUAGAUCUUAAUGCAGAAUGUUCAGCAGUUGUUCUGAAGACCAUGCCUCCAAAGCUAAAAGACCCAGGGAGUUUCCUUGUACCUUGUUCUAUUGAAAACUUUAAGUUUAAUAAUGCUUUAGCUGAUUUAGGAGCGAGCAUCAACCUGAUGCCUUCCUCUGUGGUCAUGAAACUUGGCUUGGGUGAACUUAAGCCCACUCGUAUGAGCCUCCAGCUAGCGGACCGAUCGGUGAAAUACCCGAAAGGAAUUCUAGAGGAUGUAUUAGUACGAGUGGACAAGUUCAUAUUCCCUGUCGAUUUUGUGGUCAUGGACAUGGAGGAAGAUCGUGAGACAGCACUUAUUUUAGGGAGGCCCUUUCUGGCUACUGCUAGGGCCCUUGUUGAUGUUGCUGAUGGUUCACUUUCUCUGAGAGUUGGAGAUGAUGUGUGUACUUUUAAACUCUCAGAGGUGACGAGUAAGGCCUCAGACCCCACUGAAUCAUGAAAGUAUCUUGAUAUGUUUGAGUCGGUGGAGGGUUAUUUGUUUGGAGGCGAUAGUGAUAUUACCCCACCAGAUAGUGACAUUCAUUAUAUGGGGGAUGUUGUUGCCAGAAAUGAAGAAAACAUGACUGUUGAUUGCGAGCAGGUGAUUAGGGAUGAUAUUUUCCCUGAGUUGCUUACUGAGUUUAAGGAACAACCCACUGAUAAGGUUACUCCUGAACUCAAACCGCUCCCUAGUCACCUGGAGUAUGCGUUUUUGGACACAGAGGGCCAGCACCCUGUUAUUAUUUCAGCUCAAUUAGAGUCGGGACAAAAGGAAAAAUUGGUGACAUUUAUGCGUUGUAUGAUAGCUAUCUUUAAAAAGUUUAUUGGUGACUUUAAGGAGGUUCUAAGCCUUGAGCCAGGUUAGGAAUGAGAAUCUUUGUCAAGCUAAUGACGUUAAAGAAGCGCUUCUGGGAGGCAACCCACCAAAAAGAGAAAAAAAAAAUUGAAGUUUCUUUUCUUUUCUUUUCUUGUUUUUGCAUCUUUGUUUUUGUUGUCAUCUCGUGGUUGUUUGGUUGGAAUUCUUUGCUCUGAAUUGCAGGUACGCCAAGGUGAUCAUAUACUGGUGUGGAGGAAGAAACACAACUUUAUGAAGAUGGGGCUAUUCAACAGUUUCAUAGCAGGCCAUUGAUAUGGAUUUGGAUUUGAGACCUAAACUUGCUUCAGAAGUGAAGUCACCGGCAGCAAUUAACCAAGUGUUUGCAGAUCCUGGAUGGCACCGCAUGCUGAUUUUUUAGGACUAGAUCAGCUGCCCAUUGACAGUAGACCACUUUGAUGGGAUAAGCAGACUUUGCUGGCAGAUUCAGACCUUGGGUUGAAGGCUGGCUGAAGGCUUCCAGGGAAUGUCAUUCUACGCAGGAGAAACAUUUCAUGCUAAUUUUAGCUUGAUUAGACAGUGAACCGGGCUGGCUUAUCACGUUCUCCACUAAUUUCCUUUUUUGGAGCUUAUCUGAGCGCGUUUUAGAGAACGGAGCAGUGCCCGUAGUCUAGUCUUUACUUCACCAGUGCACCAGAUAGCGAUUCACACUUACUCAAGAUUGGAAGAGUUCACAGCAGCAUAUAUGAUGCGAGCAAGUUCACCGGGCAGAGUCUGCACUUCAAAUUGAACCUUCGGUCACCACACUUUGGACAAACUGUCAUUCCAGUAACAGGAUUCAGCAGCUUCUACACACUGAGGAGACCGAUUUCAGAUUUAUUAUGGAGGUUAUUCACCGUCGUUUGGCUUGUACGGUAUUCUGCCAACUUUUACUACACUGCUAAGAAUGUGUGUUUACUCUCAUAUUACUCCUCUUGUGUGAUUUGUGUUGAUUAUUAUUCUGAUUAUGAUGUGCUGCCGGGAUGAAAAUCAUUUUAUUCUUUAACUUGCCCCUAUUAUUUCUGUUUUAAUCUCUUCUUUGACCUCGAGGGCGAUGUCACCCCUAAGUGUGGGGAGGUUUGGUUUUAGCUUGGACAUGGCAUUUGGUGAUGAAGUUAUUUUGCCCAAAAACAUUUUGAGGUGUACGAGCUCUUUUCUGGUUUAGCAACGCAACAGAGGUAACUUGUUAAUCUUUAUUUUCUUUUGUAAUUUUCCAUCUCCUCCAUCUUUCAUGGAAAGAUUUAGUAAUUGUGUAAUCAUCGGAGUGGUGUGUAUAUUUUUGGGAAAUGUUGGCAUGUUGGAUGGUUUGAUUUGUGUUGAUUAAAUUCAGUUUUUACUCGUGAUUCACUAGUUCGCAUUAAUAAUUCCUUGACUGACCAGGUGUUGAAAAUCCUUACUCCGUAAGGAGCUCUGCUUUCUAAGCAUAUCGGGAUAACUUCAUGCUAAGUAGGUAACUGAUUCUUGUAAUGGGGUUACACUUCGUGUGUCGAGAAUUUCAUCCCCGAAAUGGGGCUCUGCUCAUCUCGCGAAUCACCUCGUGUGAGAGUUGAGUACACAGUAAUGAGAUAAACUCCCAGGCCCUAGAGCUUGAAUCAGUCAUGUAAUCCAGAACGAACCUGGUCAAAUUUUCAUAUUUAAAAACAAAAGAAUCACGAGUAUUCCGAGUUUUAUCACAGAACUCUUGGGUUUUUGGAAUGAUUGGUGGUUUGGAUUUUACACACCUACACCGUUGAGACCAUCAUGCUUUUCUUUACAUUUUAGUUGGUUGGAGAGGGACUUUACUUUUGAAAAUAUUGUUUAACAUGUGUAUCUUGGUUUCGUUGUUAAGGAAGAAAAGACCUUGUGCAGUCAUUUGUUUUGGGUAUGAAUGAUUUUUGAACCAGGUGUUACAUGUGAUUAUUUUGUUUACCGUGGGUUUAAUGCACUGUUGCUUGGGGGCAAGCAACGCUCAAGUGUGGGGAGAUUUGAUAGGCUCGUUCCGUUCCUAUCUUUUCACCCAUAUUUGGGUGUUAAUUGUCUAAUUUUUAUAAUUAAUCGGGUGACUAUUGGGGGUUUUGAGUGAAAAUUUGUUAUUUUUCGGUCCCGGUGGCAUUCAUAUUCAGUGUAGUAUUUUUGUACACAAUUUGACAUUUUUGGAGUAAUUUGAUUGUAAAGUUAAAUGUUAUUAGCAGUUGUGGUGAGUUGUGAUUUUACAGGCCGAGUUUGUGGUGAAUAAUAUAUUGUUUGGGCCGAAUCAUUUGUGGGUUACUUUAUUAAGUGAAGUCCAAAAAGCAAAGAAAAAAAAACCACUUUAGCAGCCCAAAAGAAAAAGAGAAACGGAUCAGCUGGGGUUUUUUCCCAGGGAAUUCAGCCGCACCAAGGCGAGAUUCUUUUUUCUAUUCGUAGCAGCAGUUCAUAAGCAGCCGGAGGAGGAUGCGAUUCUUUCUGUUCCAAAAGCAGCCGUAGCAUACAACCAAGCAGUAGCCGCAGGUGGAGUCUUUCUUUCUGUCCUUUGUUAACUAGCUGGCCCAAGGAUUUUUCAUUCCUUUCUUUGACAAUCAACCGUAGCAGCAAACAAGAGACCAAGGAAUGUAUAAACUUCACUUUUUCUCAUUUUAUUUCAAUUCAAUUCAGAUUCUAAACAAGAAUUGUAAGUGUUAGCCGUUUUUACUUGACUAGUUCUUGAUUUGGAUUGAAUUUGGAGUUCGGUUGUCUCCAACUGGUAGUUUCAGACUUUUCCAUUGAUUACUUAUAAUUCAAUUAUUUCUCUAGCUCUUAUCAUGCUUAAUCAUAAUACUGUCAUGUUGAUUUUAAUUAUGAGUAGCUAAUUCCAUAUAGGGUUUGAAUUGUGGCUAGGGUUUAUGGGUUCAUGAGGGUGUGAAUUUAGUUUUUUUUUUUUAAAUCAAUUAAUUUUCUGGAUAAUUGUAUAAGAUUAAUCAUAAUUGUCUAUAUGAAUUUGAUCACCUCAUAUAUGAAUUUCUGGAUUUAAUUCAAUUCUUGUCUAUGAGAAAUUGAGUUAAAUUAGCUCAGGUUUUAUACAAGCAAUUUGAUCUUAGAAAUAAGUUAGGAUUGUGAUAAUAUGAUUUUGCUCUUGUCUAUGAGAAGUGAUUUCAUUUUCUGUCCAGGAAUAAUUGAAUAUUAAUUUACUUAAUUCUAAUCCCGAAAGAACACCCAGAACCCGAACCAUCCAAUUUGAACCCUGUUUUUAAUAUCCUGAAUCAAUUUAAUUUAUUUUUUUCUAUUUAUUUUUUCACUCGCUAUUAGUCAGUUUAUUAGUCAGUUUUAUUUUCAAACCACUCAAACAAAAAUUAUUUGGAAAGAUUACCAUGACUUGUGCUAGCCUUUGAUCACGGACUGUAUUUAAAACUUCCUUUUUGCCACUCCUUGAGAGACGAUACUCGUG